ACUAACGGCUCAGAAACAGCAACACUCACAAAGGUUACUGCACACCAUGGCCACCAGGGCUGUUUCCCGUCUGCUGCUCUUAGCACUGCUGACUUCCUGUCUGCUGGUCGCUGAUGGCCGCCAGCUUCACCUGGGAAACUGCGUGAUCAGCGUCCACACUCACGAGCUGAAGAAGUCCAUCAGCGAGAUCCACCAAAGCGUGCUGAUGGAGGACAAGCAUAUGGGCCUGAGGCUUCUCAAGUCACACACCAUGAAAGAAGUGAAGGCUGCGGAGAGCUGCUGCUUCCUGCGCAUGCUGCUGAGGUUCUACGUGGAGCGCGUUUUCAGCAGCUACAGCACGGCACAAGCCCACCUGCGCCGAACCACCAGCAACCUGGCCAACUCGUUCCUCAGUAUCAAGAAGGACCUGCGUCAGUGUCAUGCCCAGAUGCAGUGUCACUGUGAGGAACACACCAGCCACACGUUCUCAGUCAUUCAGGCCGGCUUUGAGAAGCUGAGCCAGAAGGAGGCGGCAGUGAAGGCCAUGGGGGAGCUGGACUGUCUGCUGGACUGGAUGGACAGCUUCCACCAUUUCUAG